AUUUGCCUUCCAUGUUAUAAAAGGGGAACAAUUUCACCAAAGAAUCUUAUUAGAUCUACCAUCUCCAUAGAUUUCUAAUAUGAAUUUUCUAAUAUCCAUAAACAAAUCAUAGUCUUGCAACUUCUAAACACAAUCUUUUCUUCACAUCUCCUCUCUGAGUCUCUGAUAAAAGAAAAUCCAUAGCAGACGCACCAUGGCAGCAGCCUCCACCAAUUCCAUUUCCAUAUCUUACUUCCUUCUUCCAGCUUUACUUCUUCUUCCUUUUCUCUUCUUUCUCCUUCCCUCUAACCUCACUACUCCACCAUUCAAUUAUUUCAAGCUCACAGAAGCCAUCCACACCACCCCAUCAUCACCACAACUUCCCCUACAAGGGUUUCUCUCAGCUGCCUCCAUGUAUGAAACCAGCAAAGUCAAGGCCACAACUACUCCUAAAAAAAAGAUCAGAAGUAGCUUGGAGAAAAUUGAACAAGGUUUAGCUAGAGCACGAGCAGCGAUUCGUGAAGCAAUUCGAUCCAGGAACUUCACAUCAUCAGAGAAUCAUACUGACACAUUCAUCCCCAGUGGAUCAAUUUACUUGAAUCCUUAUGCUUUUCACCAAAGUCACAUAGAGAUGGAGAAGAGAUUCAAGGUCUGGUCCUACAGAGAAGGAGAGAACCCCUUGACCCAUGAAGGCCCAUUAAAUGGUGUCUACUCUAUAGAGGGCCACUUCAUAAGCGAGAUCGAGAGCGAUAAGAGCCCAUUCAAGGCCCAAGUUCCUGAUGAGGCACAUGCGUUCUUCCUCCCUCUCAGUGUAACCUCAAUUAUUCAGUACAUCUACUUGCCUAUCAGAACAAUGGCCGACUACUCUAGGGACCGCCUCCGACGAGUAGUGACAGACUACGUCGACGUUAUAGCAAAUAAGUAUCCUUACUGGAACAGAAGUAAGGGUGCUGACCAUUUCAUGGUUUCUUGUCAUGAUUGGGCACCUGAUGCAUCACUUGCCAAUCCUGAGCUCUUCAACAGCUUCAUCAGAAUCCUUUGCAAUGCCAAUAUUUCAGAAGGGUUCAGGCCCAAGAGAGACGUCCCCAUACCAGAAAUUUUCAUAAACUUUGAAGGACUUAGACCGCCCAAUUUUGGGCAGGGUCCAAACAACCGUUCCAUCCUGGCAUUCUUUGAAGGAAGGGCUCAUGGGUUCAUUAGGGAAAUCCUGUUCAAGCAUUGGAAAAACAAAGAUAAUGAAGUUGUAGUGGAAGAGCACUACCCCAAGGGCUUAGGCUACAGCAAAUCAUUGGGCAGAAGCAAGUAUUGCUUGUGCCCAAGUGGGUAUGAAGUAGCAAGUCCAAGAGUGGUAGAUGCAAUUUACCAAGGGUGUGUGCCAGUGAUAAUUUCUAACAACUAUUCAUUACCCUUCAGUGACGUGCUUAAUUGGAGCAAAUUCUCCAUUGAAAUUCCAGUUGGAAAGAUACCAGAAAUUAAAAGCAUCUUGAAAGGAAUUUCAAAUAGGAAGUACUUAAGGAUGUAUAAAAGGGUGAAGAGGGUGCAAAGGCAUUUCGUGCUCAACAGGCCUGCCAAGCCAUAUGAUGUAACUUACAUGGUGCUUCACUCGCUUUGGCUCAGGAGGCUUAACUUCAAGGUGGUAGAAUGAUGUGUAUCCCCAUCAAAUAGACAAAGGGUGAAAGAAUACUAUAUUCAAUUAUGUAAUUAAGAAACAAGUAAACUGAAAAGAAAAAAGAAGAAGAAGAAGAAGCCUUGCUUUCAAUUCAUACUUUAAUACAUACAGACGCAUGAGAAAGUUGACUGACGGAGAGAGGGGGAGCCAGAGCCGCUAUGACCUCUUAACUUUACACAUGUAUUUUUAUGAAUAAAAAAAUUAUAAGUACCGAUACAGAUUAAGUGUUACUUUGCCCCUUUGAGACUGAACUUGAUGGACCUUUUGGCUUGA